ACUUGAUCGAGACGUUCCGGGCGCAGCUACGGGAUGACCCCGACGUGGCCUCGGCCGUGGCCGCGAUCCGAGCCCUGCUGGGCUUCCUCAAGCAGGACCGCGGGGAGACCAUCCAGGGCCUGCGGAGCAGCCUGCGCGAUGCCAUCGAGACGCUGUCCCGCGUGGACUCCUCGGUGGCUGUGUCCUCGGGCGGGGAGCUCUUCCUGCGCUUCAUCAGCCUCACCUCGCUGGAGUAUUCGGAUUACUCCAAGUGCAAAGAAAUUAUGAUCGAGCGUGGGGAGAUCUUCCUGAGGAAAGUGUCUCUCUCUCGGAAUAAAAUCGCCAAGCUGUGUCAUCCUUUCAUCAGAGAUGGUGCUAGAAUACUGACCCAUGCCUACUCCAGAGUGGUCCUCAGGGUGCUGGAAGCAGCUGUGGAGUCAAAGAAACGAUUCAGUGUCUAUGUGACUGAAUCACAGCCAGAUCAAGCAGGGCAAAAAAUGGCAAAAGCCCUGAGGAAGCUGGACAUCCCUGUGAUUGUAAUCCUGGAUGCUGCAGUUGGCUACAUUAUGGAGAAAGUGGAUCUGGUGCUAGUUGGUGCUGAAGGUGUAGUUGAAAGUGGAGGCAUUAUCAACAAGAUUGGCACUAACCAAAUAGCUGUGUGUGCCAAAGCUCAGAACAAACCAUUUUAUGUGGUCGCAGAGAGUUUCAAGUUUGUAAGACUCUUCCCUCUAAAUCAGCAGGAUGUCCCUGAUAAGUUUAAGUACAAAGCAGACACUCUGAAAGCAGGUCAGAAUCUCACACAGGAGCAUCCCUGGAUUGACUACACAUCCCCAUCCCUGAUCACGUUACUGUUCACAGACCUUGGUGUGUUGACUCCAUCAGCUGUCAGCGAUGAACUCAUUAAACUCUAUCUGUAG